GCUUUACUAUUCCUUUUAAACUGUGACUGCUUCCAUACACUCACAGUCACAUGUACUCUCCUCCAACACAAACACGUCACUUGUAGCAAAAAAACAGUAACAAGAAACAGAGAAGAUCAACCACGUCUUCUUCUUCGUCUCUCUCUCUUUUUCGCAUAAAAUUCCAGAUUCACUCUGCUUUUUAUCCUUUAAUCAGUGAUUUUUCCUUUUUAUUAGCGAUCGUCGGUGUGAUUCUAUCCGAUCACUGAAAGCGAAAAAAACAAAACUUUUCUCAACCUUUUCUGAAUAUCCAUGGCAAACCCUAAGCUCACUAGGAUUAUAAGCACAAGGGAUCGCGUGCAGGACACGCUCUCUGCUCACCGCAACGAACUCGUCGCUCUUCUCUCCAGAUAUGUGGAUCAGGGAAAAGGGAUUCUUCAGCCACAUAACUUAAUCGACGAACUCGAAUCUGUAAUCGGAGACGAUGCAACGAAACAGAGUCUCUCUGAUGGUCCUUUUGGAGAAAUCCUCAAAUCAGCAAUGGAAGCGAUAGUUGUGCCACCAUUUGUUGCUUUAGCUGUUAGACCAAGACCUGGUGUUUGGGAAUAUGUUCGUGUUAAUGUCUUCGAGCUAAGUGUUGAACAGUUAACAGUCUCUGAGUAUCUUCGUUUCAAAGAAGAACUCGUUGAUGGACCUAAUAGUGACCCUUUUCCUCUUGAGCUUGAUUUCGAGCCCUUUAACGCAAACGUGCCACGUCCUUCUCGUUCGUCUUCCAUUGGUAAUGGAGUUCAGUUUCUGAAUCGUCACUUGUCUUCUGUAAUGUUCCGUAACAAAGAUUGCUUGGAGCCUCUGCUUGAUUUCCUUAGAGUUCAUAAGUACAAAGGUCAUCCGUUGAUGUUGAAUGAUCGGAUUCAAAGCAUAUCUAGGCUUGAAAGCCAACUUAAUAAAGCAGAAGAUCAUAUCUCUAAGCUUUCACAAGAAACUCCGUUCUCGGAAUUCGAAUAUGCGCUUCAAGGAAUGGGUUUUGAGAAAGGAUGGGGAGAUACCGCAGGGCGAGUUCUUGAAAUGAUGCAUCUUCUCUCUGAUAUUCUUCAAGCUCCUGAUCCUUCGACCUUGGAGAAGUUUCUCGGGAUGGUUCCGAUGGUUUUCGAUGUUGUGAUCUUAUCUCCACAUGGAUAUUUUGGGCAAGCCAAUGUCUUAGGCUUACCUGACACUGGUGGACAAGUUGUCUAUAUUCUAGACCAAGUUCGUGCCCUUGAGAGCGAAAUGCUGUUGAGAAUAAAGAGACAGGGGUUGGAUAUAACACCUAGGAUUCUUAUUGUAACUAGGUUGAUACCGGAUGCUAAAGGAACCACGUGUAACCAGCGGUUAGAGAGAGUCAGCGGAACAGAGCAUACUCAUAUUCUCCGGGUUCCUUUUAGGUCCGAUAAAGGGAUCCUCCAUAAGUGGAUUUCAAGAUUCGACGUAUGGCCUUAUCUGGAGAACUAUGCUCAGGAUGCAGCAAGCGAGAUUGUCGGUGAAUUGCAAGGUGUACCCGAUUUUAUCAUCGGUAACUAUAGUGACGGAAACCUUGUUGCAUCUUUAAUGGCACAUAGAAUGGGUGUUACACAGUGUACUAUUGCACAUGCUUUGGAGAAAACCAAGUAUCCAGAUUCAGACAUUUACUGGAAAGAUUUCGACAACAAGUAUCAUUUCUCUUGUCAAUUCACAGCUGAUCUAAUCGCAAUGAACAACGCAGAUUUCAUCAUCACAAGCACUUACCAAGAAAUCGCGGGAACGAAGAACACGGUCGGUCAAUAUGAAAGCCAUGGGGCUUUUACGCUCCCGGGACUAUACAGAGUAGUACACGGCAUCGAUGUGUUUGAUCCGAAGUUCAACAUAGUCUCGCCCGGCGUAGACAUGGCCAUAUAUUUCCCGUUUUCUGAAGAAACUAAGAGACUUACAGCUUUACAUAGUUCAAUAGAGGAAAUGCUCUAUAGCCCUGAGCAGACUGAUGAGCAUGUCGGUACACUGAGCGAUCGGUCAAAGCCAAUACUCUUCUCUAUGGCGAGGCUCGACAAAGUGAAGAACAUCUCCGGUUUAGUUGAGAUGUACAGCAAGAACACAAAGUUGAGGGAGCUGGUUAAUCUGGUUGUAAUAUCUGGUAACAUUGAUGUGAACAAGUCCAAUGACAGAGAAGAAAUCGCAGAGAUUGAGAAAAUGGAUAACCUUGUGAAGAGUUACAAGCUUGAUGGACAGUUUCGUUGGAUAACGGCUCAGACAAACCGAGCUCGAAAUGGUGAGCUUUACCGAUACAUCGCCGAUACAAGAGGUGCUUUUGCUCAGCCUGCAUUCUACGAGGGUUUUGGGCUUACGGUAGUGGAAGCGAUGACUUGCGGGCUUCCGACUUUCGCCAUGUCAGGUGGUCCUGCAGAGAUCAUCGAGCACGGGCUCUCGGGUUUCCACAUCGAUCCAUACCAUCCUGAGCAAGCGGGUAACAUAAUGGCUGAUUUCUUUGAACGUGGCAGGGAAGAUCCAAACCAUUGGAAGAAAGUAUCGGACGCUGGUCUCCAAAGGAUAUACGAAAGGUACACAUGGAACAUAUACUCGGAGAGAUUGAUGACACUAGCUGGUGUGUAUGGUUUCUGGAAAUAUGCAUCAAAAUUGGAGCGUCGUGAGACUCGGCGAUAUCUUGAAAUGUUCUACAUUCUCAAAUUCCGCGACUUGGUGAAAACUGUUCCUCUAACCGCCGACGACUGACCCGGUUGGGCGUUGGAUGAAGUGUUGGGCUGUAAAAAAGAAUAAAAGAUGAGUAACCUUGGCUAUGUAGUAUGUACCCUAUGUUGUGUGUAUGAAAGGAAGAUUUGUUCCAUGGAGUUAUUACGAACUUCGUGGUACUUUUGUGUUGUCUCAUGUGUGUGACCGACAUGUUGAAAAAAAUCACGUGAAGUUUGUAGCUUAUAAUAAAAAGUCUUCAAUGGAACUUUCAUUUCACAUGUAAUUCGUUUCAAAGUGUAAUAACUAGAUCGAUUUCAACAUUAUCCUAGUUACAACGUUAUUUUCA